AUGUCCGCAUCCGAAGUCAUCAAUUGGCUCGGCCUGAGCAAGACCUCUCCCGGAGUCAAGGUCACGACCCUACCAUCGUCCUAUUUCAAAUUUCCUCCCUCGCCGGAACCGACAACAGUACCUCCUCCAACAAACAGUCCGAGCCUUGCGCACCCAUUCACGAUUCCUACCGAUCUGUACAAUGCGCUCCUUUCCCCAAACGUGCCUAUCACCGUUGCUCUGGUCUACAUGUCAUUUGUUACUCUCGCAAACUCGGUCAACGUGAAUCGCAAGUACAAACCAUGGGCGUUCAGCAGAACGAGACUUUUUAAGCUUCUGGUCAUCCUGCACAAUGCCUUUCUGGCACUAUUCUCGGCAUGGACUUUUGUCGGCAUGGUCAAUGCUAUGCGCCUAUCUUUGCCAAUAUGGGGUGAACAGUGGAAGUUGACAGACACAGUCGAUGCCCUCUGCAAGCUACAGGGGCCUCGCGGUGCAGGAAAUGCCGCAACAUACAACGCUACUAGCAGUGCUUGGACAAUGACAAACCGACUUUUACAUCUCGCUGCCGAUGGUCUUGGUCCUGAGCCCACUGAUGUUGGCAGGCUGUGGAAUGAAGGGCUGGCAUUCUAUGGCUGGAUCUUCUAUCUCUCUAAGUUCUACGAAAUCAUCGACACCUUCAUCAUCCUGGCAAAAGGUAAAAAGAGCAGCUUGUUGCAAACCUAUCACCAUGCCGGAGCUAUUAUAUCCAUGUGGGCAGGCAUUCGAUACAUGUCAUCACCCAUCUGGGUGUUCGUACUCGUGAACUCUGCAGUCCACGCCAUCAUGUACACGUUCUAUCUUUUCUCUACACUGGGAAUUCGACUACCGAAGUGGCUCAAGCAGUCCUUGACCAGCCUCCAAAUCAUCCAAUUUGGCUUCGGCGCUACAUAUGCCUUUUUGCAUCUCUUUAUUGCAUAUCAGAUACCAGUCAGCGUUCCCUACAUCUACCACCUGGGUAGCACGGCUUCGAAAGUGCUGUCGGAUGUGCCAUCUGAAGCUUCCAGUACCCUGUCCUCUGCAAUAACCACGGCGUCUGCUAGUGUAGGAGCAUGGCUUAAGAAGGCUGCUUUACGGGCCGCAGGCUACGAAGGUCUUGCGGAGAAUGUCCUCAAUGAACAAGGUCGUCCAUUUGGAAUUGAUGCCGUGCACAUUGCCGAAGAAGUUCUUGCCCGAGAAGAGACCAGAUACCGGGAUGAACUGCAGUGGGUCCACUGCUUGGACACAAGUGGUCAGGUCUUUGCCAUCUUGCUCAAUUGCCUGUACCUGGUGCCUUUGAUCUGUCUCUUCGUGGAGUUCUUCGUCACUGCUUACUUGAAGCGCACAGAGAGAGGACAGCACAGUACAGCCAGCGAGAAGGCAAGCCUUGCCCGAAGAAGUCUUCAAGAUGCAUCCAAGGGAGUCUCCAGGAGAUUAAGUGAGGCUAUUGAAGAGAUGCACCGCACAUCUGAAGAUAUUGGAGAUGACGCCGUGAUCGUCGAUGGCGAUGAAGUGAAGCGAGAAUUGGAAGAGGCUUUCGACCAAGCAAAGAGCGCAGUCCAGCAAGGAUCAGAGAAGUUCAAGCAGUCUAUACCGAGCGUUGACUCCGAGAAGCUGAAACAGCAAGUUCAGCAAGGAUCAGAGAAGCUCAAGCAGUCCAUACCAAGCGUUGACUCCGAGACGCUGAAACAGCAAGUUCAGCAAGAUGUGGAGCAAUUACGAAAGAAUCUCCGGGACACCGUGGACAAGAUCAAGGCUGCAGCGGCCAAUAAGGUUGAUGAAGAGCACAAGGAGUCAGUCAUAGCCACAGCACGAUCGGUCAAAAACACUACUACUGAAGUUGUCGAACAAGCGGUGGAAAACGUCAAGUCUGUGACGGAAACGGUCAAGAGAGGAGCUACAAAUCUAACCAGCGAGGAAACGAAGCAAAACGUUAGAUCAACUGCUGACAAGGCUGCGGUUAAGGCUGGUGACAUCAAGAAUGACGCUGUCGCAGCUACCAAGCGAACUACAGACCAAGUCUCGGAAACCGUCAAGGGAGCAACCGCAAAUCUGACUAGCGAGGAAACGAAGCAACAGGUCAAGUCAUCUACCAACAAGGUAGCCACAAAGGCUGCUGAUGCGAAGGACGGCGCUGUCGCAUCCGCCAAACGAGCGACAGACCAAGCUCCAGAAUCAGCACCUGAAACAAGCAAGUCGGGAAAGGAGACUGCCGAGAAGCAAGUAGAGAAAUCAAAACCAAAGGGGAAAAAGAGCGAAAAGACCCCAAACGGAAAUGGCACCAGCGCCGCAGAGGCGUCUGGUCAACCGCAACCCAAGGGGAAGGCAGGGACUACCAAGGCGGAGAAUGGCGAAGGAGUGAAGCAGGAGAAGAAGAAAGAAGACAGAAUCAUCGACGAGAGUCAGGCAGUCAGGGACCAUGAUCUCGAUGCAAGUGGUGAUGGCGGCGACAAAGCACACGAAGAAGCCAAAUCGAGCGAAGUCAAACCAGGUACUUCUUUCGCCGAUGCUGUCAAGGAAGAUGAACCUCAGUCGAGCGAGGUCAAGCCGGGCGUUUCUUUCGCCGAUGCCAUAAAGGAGUGA